CAUCGCUUUGUCAUUUGAAAUUUUAACAAGCAGCAGCGGCAGAAGUCGGAGGUUGCAGAAGUAGAAGUCCAAAACGAAGGAAGAAAUGGAAGAAGUGAUUUAUGCGUUUGGGAAAAGCUUAGGCUCUUUCUGCAAUAGUCUGCAAGCAAGCUGCGAUGGUCUCAAGCAGUCAAUCGAACGCCGCCCUGUUCCUCUCGACCCGGCGUCGACUACUUUCAUUCGGAACUUGAACCGCCGGUUAUCUGCCGCCGGCAGAGAUCUGAACCAACUGGAGUCGAUGUCCUUCGGCACCGUCUCCUUCGAGGAGCUGCUAGGUCACUGCAACGAAGUUUACAAGAAGAAUCAGAGCGAUGUCCUCGAAAUUGAAGAUCAACUCCGGAGCUACGGCUACGUCCCCGAAGUUGAGAAUGAUGAUGACGACCAAGAUCGAGCUCUUGAGUCUGAACUUAACGAUGAUGGACCAUUCAACUCUUCUUCUCCUGAUCUGGAGCCUGGAAAGAACGCAGUCGUCAAGAUUUUAGAUGAGGAAGAUCCACUUAUGGAUGAAUCACUGAGUCUGAAGAGUUUUGGACUUUCAGACGUUUGCCUUGCCAGCUUAACAUCUGGAGGUAAUCAUGGACUUAGCCGUCCACAUAUAUCGGUGGUAGAGCCACAGAGGUACGAUGGUGACUCCAAUGGUACCAUCCAAACUGCCUCAAAGACCUCAGUAGCUAUUGAAGACGAGAAAGACAGCAAAAGGAAACCAGAUGAUGCUCCCAAAAGGGUGAUAGAGCUAUCUAAGGACAGCUACGAAGGUCUUCCUUCUUACAUGAAAAACUUAACACCAUGGGAGGACUUGGUCUCUGCUGUUGAGAAGAUAAACUUAAGCAUGAGUAAGAAGGAAGGAGUAGAGUAUUUCCUGCAGGAGGAGGUCGACUCGUUGGGUUUAGGUCCUAAAUCCAGAACCUAUAUCCUGCUGCUCAUUCGCAUGAAACAUCUGGUCGUUGAGACAACUAAUGGUUCAAUAUCCUACCGAACAUUAUAAAAGUCUGGACUCUUGAUGUUUGCAUCUUUCGGUCUUAUUUACCUCAUCUUGUUGCUCUGUGUUGUUUAUCUAAAUUAAGAGGUUUCCUGGAG